ACGUCCACUUUGUUUCUUCUUCUCCCUGUUUAACGGGAGUAUAGGAAGCGGGAGUGAGUGAGAUACGGACGGCCCUUCUGAUGCUCGGCCGCGGGGGGAGAAGCUGCUGCGGAUAUCCGUCUCAUACCUGCCUCAAAACGGGCUCUUCUCGUUGCCUAUUUUUUUCUUCCCCCGCUGAACGUUUUGUGUGAAAGCGAGUUAAAAAAAAAGAAUUAAAAAAAAAGAGAAGAAGCCUGGUUUGGUUUCGUAACGCGCCGGUAGCAGCGCGGAGGAAAUAUAUUUUUCCGAGGAUGCGAAUUUCACAGAAAGACGUUAUCUGUGUUACCUGGGAUUUUUAACCGUUAACAUUUGAAUUGAGUCGCACGCAGCGGUAGCGAAGAAACAUAUUUUCAUGUCUGGUGAGAUAUCGCGCAUAGUGAAGCGGUAGAAAUAACAUCGAAAGCAUCUGUAACAGAAGACAAAAUCAGGGGGUGAAUGUGUUUUCCUCCAGCCUGGACACCAUGAGCACCAUCUCGCCGACGGAUUUUGACAGCUUGGAGAUCCAGCAGCAGUAUAAUGACAUCAACAACCGCUGGGACCUGGCAGCGGAGACUGACUGGGAUAAUGAGAACAGUUCAGCACGCCUCUUCGAGCGCUCACGCAUCAAGGCCCUCGCAGAUGAGCGUGAAGCAGUACAGAAGAAGACCUUCACCAAAUGGGUAAACUCUCACUUAGGCCGAGUGACCAGUCGCAUCGGAGACUUGUACACCGACCUACGCGAUGGCCGCAUGCUCAUCCGCCUUCUGGAAGUGCUCUCAGGAGAACAGCUGCCAAAGCCCACGAAGGGUCGCAUGCGUAUCCACUGCCUGGAGAAUGUUGAUAAAGCACUGCAGUUUCUCAAGGAGCAAAAGGUCCAUCUAGAAAACAUGGGCUCACAUGACAUUGUGGAUGGGAAUCACCGUCUCACCCUCGGUCUCAUCUGGACCAUCAUCCUUCGCUUCCAGAUCCAGGACAUCAGUGUGGAGACGGGGGACAACAAGGAGAAAAAAUCCGCUAAAGAUGCCUUGCUGCUUUGGUGCCAAAUGAAAACUGCUGGAUACCCCAAUGUCAACAUCCACAACUUCACCACCAGCUGGAGAGAUGGUCUGGCGUUCAGUGCCAUCGUGCACAAACACAGACCUGACGUGAUUGAGUUUGACAACCUGAAGAGGUCCAAUGCUCACUACAAUCUCCAGAAUGCUUUCAAUGUGGCUGAGAAGGAUUUGGGGCUUACCAAGCUGCUGGACCCAGAAGAUGUUAAUGUUGACCAGCCUGAUGAAAAGUCGAUCAUUACCUAUGUGGCGACCUACUACCAUUACUUCUCCAAGAUGAAAGCCCUGGCAGUGGAGGGAAAACGUAUUGGCAAGGUACUGGACUAUGCUAUUGAGGCUGACCAGCUCAUAGAGAAGUAUGAGACGCUUGCCUCAGAGCUGCUGCAGUGGAUUGAGCAGACCAUAGGAACGCUAAAUGAUCGGCAGCUAGCUAACUCACUGAAUGCUGUGCAGAAUCAGCUCCAGGCUUUCAACUCCUACCGUACUGUAGAGAAACCCCCCAAAUUUACAGAGAAAGGAAACUUGGAGGUUCUCCUCUUUACUAUCCAGAGCAAGAUGAGAGCCAACAAUCAGAAAGUCUACAUGCCAAGGGAGGGCAAACUCAUCUCUGACAUCAAUAAGGCAUGGGAGCGAUUAGAAAAGGCAGAGCACGAACGAGAGCUGGCACUAAGAAACGAGUUGAUUCGCCAGGAGAAGCUGGAGAUGCUCGCCGCACGUUUUGACCGCAAAGCAGCUAUGCGGGAGACGUGGCUGAGUGAGAACCAGAGACUGGUGUCUCAGGACAACUUUGGAACUGACUUGGGAGCCGUGGAAGCUGCCACCCGUAAACACGAAGCAAUUGAGACAGACAUUGGGGCAUAUUGGGAACGUGUGGCUGCUGUGGAGGCUGUUGCCAAAGAGCUGGAAGCAGAGAGGUACCAUGAUGUGCGGCGUGUAAUUGCGCGAAGAGAUAAUGUGCUUCGACUCUGGGAAUACCUGAAAGAGCUUCUGGCUGCACGCAGAGAGCGGCUGAAUGCCCAUCGUGACCUACAAAGACUGUUUGAAGAGAUGCGCUACAUCAUGGACUGGAUGGCAGACAUGAAGGGUCGUCUGCAGUCUCAGGACAGCGGCAAACAUUUGCAUGAUGUUUUAGAUCUACUGCAGAAACACACUCUGGUAGAGGCUGACAUUUCAGCUCAGGCAGAGAGGAUCAAGGCAGUGCAGGGAUCUGCACAGCGCUUCACUUCCUAUGAACAGGCCUACAAACCGUGUGAGCCGGGACUAGUUGGUGAGAAAGUUGACCAGCUGGGUCAAGCCUAUGAGGAACUUGGUCAGCUUGCUGGGAAUCGCAGAGUGCGCCUAGAGGAAUCGCGCCGCCUGUGGCAGUUCCUGUGGGAUGUGGGAGAGGAGGCAGCCUGGAUCAGAGAGCAGGAGCAGAUUCUGGCCAGUGGAGACUGUGGCCGUGACCUCACUUCUGCCCUUCAUUUGCUCAGCAAACAUGAAGCCUUUAGGGAUGAGAUGGCAGCCCGUUAUGGUCCCCUGAGUAACAGCAUCGCUGCCGGAGAAGCUUUGGUUCAGGAGGGACACUUUGGAGCCCAAGAGGUCAGCGAGAGGAUUCAGGAUAUCCGUGCACAGUGGACACAUCUGGAGGAGACAACUAAGCUCCGAGAGCAGAGCCUCAAGGAAGCGGUGGCCCUGCAACAGUUUCAAACGGAUGCCAAUGACAUGGAAGCAUGGAUCAUGGAGACACUUAGACAGGUGUCCAGUCAGGAGGUGGGUCACGAUGAGUUCUCCACAACAACUCUCGCUCGCAAACAAAGGGAGAUAGAGGAGGAGAUCCAGAGUCACCGCCCCGGCAUCGACUCCCUGCAUGAGCAGGUCCAAGCAAUGCCACAGGCCUAUCUAGAUUUCCCUCAGGUGGAUGGUCGCCUAUCUGCUAUUGAGCAGCGCUUUGAAGAACUGGAGACUCUGUCAGUAGCUCGGCGCCAGGCUCUCGAAGGUGCCCUGGCCCUCUACCGCAUGUUCAGUGAAGCUGGUGCCUGCCAGCUCUGGGUGGAGGAAAAGGAGCAGUGGUUACACAGCAUGGAGAUCCCUACCAAACUGGAAGAUUUGGAGGUGGUGCAGCAGAGAUUUGAGACACUGGAACCUGAGAUGAACAACCUGGGCACUCGUGUCACUGAUGUGAACCAGGUGGCCGAGCAGCUGCUGACCUCCGACAACUGUAGCAAAGACCAAAUCCACCAGACACGAGACCAACUGCACAACAGAUGGAACGAGUUCGAACAACUUGCUGGCCAGAAGAAACUAGCGCUAGAGUCGGCCCUUAACAUCCAGAACUACCACUUGGAGUGUAAUGAGAUCCAAACUUGGAUGAAAGAAAAGACCAAAGUGAUUGAAUCCACCCAGAGCCUGGGCAAUGACCUGGCUGGAGUGAUGGCACUGCAACGCAAACUCACUGGCAUGGAGAGGGACCUGGAGGCCAUUCAGGGCAAACUGGAUGACCUGAGCAACGAGGCUGAAAAGCUGGCCAAGGAACAUCCAGAUGAGGCUGGAGAGAUCCAAGGACACCUGGCAGGGAUUCAAGAAGUGUGGGAGGAGUUGAACGCCACCAUGAAGCGGCGUGAGGAGUCAUUGGGCGAAGCCAGCAAGCUGCAGGGCUUCCUUAGGGAUCUGGAUGACUUCCAGUCCUGGCUGUCCCGCACCCAGACAGCCGUGGCCUCAGAGGACAUUCCCACCUCUCUGACAGAGGCUGAGAGUUUGCUAACCCAGCACGAGAGUAUUAAGAAUGAGGUGGACAACUAUAAGGAGGACUACGAGAAGAUGCGGGCAGUCGGUGAGGAGGUGACCCAAGGUCAGACGGAUGCCCAGUACAUGUUCUUGGCCCAGAGGCUCCAGGCACUGGACACUGGCUGGCAUGAGUUGCGUCGCAUGUGGGAGAACCGCCACAGUCUUUUGGCCCAAUCCUUUGACUUCCAGACUUUCUUGAGAGACGCAAAGCAGGCAGAGGCUUUCCUCAACAGCCAGGAGUAUGUGCUGUCCCACACAGAGAUGCCCACCAGUCUUCAGGGAGCAGAGGAGGCCAUUAAGAAGCACGAGGAUUUCCUCACCACCACAGAGGCCAGUGAGGAGAAGAUAACUGGUGUGGUGGAGGCUGGACGGCGCCUCAUUAAUGACUGUAAUGCAAACUCUGAUAAGAUCCAGGAAAAAGUUGAUUCCAUCCAGGAAAGGCAUCUUAAGAAUAAGGACUCUGCAAAUGAGUUGUUGGCAAAGCUUAAGGAUAAUCGUGAACUGCAGCACUUCCUCCAAGAUGGACAGGAGCUCACAUUGUGGAUCAAUGAGAAGAUGCUGACGGCACAGGACAUGUCUUAUGAUGAGGCUAGAAAUCUUCACAGCAAGUGGCAGAAACAUCAGGCCUUUAUGGCAGAGCUGGCCUCCAACAAAGACUGGCUGGACAAAAUUGAUAAGGAGGGUCAGGCGCUGGUGGCGGAGAAGCCGGAGCUGAAACCUGUUGUUCAGCAGACCCUGGAGGACCUACAGCGUCAGUGGGAGGAGCUGGAGGCCACCACCCGCACCAAGGCCCAGUGCUUGUUCGAUGCUAACCGGGCAGAGCUCUUUACUCAGAGCUGCUAUUCUCUGGAUGUCUGGCUGAAAAAUCUUGAGGGUCAGCUGCAUAGCGACGACUAUGGCAAAGAUUUGACGAGUGUCAACAUCCUGCUCCAGAAGCACCAGAUGCUGGAGCACCAGAUGGACGUCAGAGAGAAGGAAGUGCAGUCCAUACAGUCUCAGGCUCUGGCUCUGUCCCAGGAGGACGCUGGUCUCGCUGAGGUAGAUGGUCAGCAAAGACGUGUCACUGACAACUUCUCCAACAUUCAGGACCCUCUCAAACUGAGGAGACAGCGACUACUCGCCUCCAAAGAAGCACAUCAAUUCAACAGAGAUCUGGAGGAUGAAAUCCUAUGGGUGAGGGAGAGGAUGCCCCUGGCGGACUCCACAGACCAUGGAAAAGACCUGCCGACCGUACAGCUGCUCAUUAAGAAGAACCAGACACUGCAGAAGGAGAUCCAGGGCCACCAGCCUCGCAUCGAUGACAUCCAUAGACGAGGCAAAACUCAGAGCCAGGUAGAUGGUGAGAGACAGUCUGUCCUUGAAGAGCGCCUUGUUGAGCUGCGGGACCUCUGGGACCAGCUGAUAGCUGAGACAGACAAGCGCCAUGCCCGUCUAAUAGAGGCCAACCGCGCCCAGCAGUUCUAUGCUGAUGCAGCGGAGGCGGAGGCCUGGAUGGGAGAACAGGAGCUACACAUGAUGUCGGAGGAAAAAGCCAAGGAUGAGCAAAGUGCACUAGUGAUGGUCAAGAAGCAUCAGACCCUGGAACAGGCACUUGAAGACUACGCCCAAACCAUUCACCAACUAUCCAACAGCAGCCGCCUCAUGGUCUCCAGUGAACACCCAGAGAGCGAGAGAAUCACCUUACGGCAAGCCCAAGUUGACAAACUAUAUGCAGGGUUGAAAGACCUCGCUGAGGAGCGUCGCGGGCGCCUUCAGGAGAGACUGCGGCUGACCCAGCUGAAGCGGGAGGUUGAUGAGCUCGAACAGUGGAUUGCUGAGAGGGAGGUGGUUGCUGGCUCCCAUGAACUAGGACAGGACUAUGAACAUGUCACAAUGCUGAGGGACAAGUUCCGGGAGUUUGCUCGUGACACCAGCACCAUCGGCCAAGAGCGUGUAGAUGGUGUAAAUGCGCUGGCAGAUGACCUGAUUGAGUCGGGUCAUCCUGAGAACGCCAGCGUGGCUGAGUGGAAGGACGGGUUAAAUGAGGCUUGGGCCGACCUGCUUGAGCUUAUCGACACACGCACACAAAUGUUGGCAGCGUCCUAUGAGUUGCACCGCUUCCAUCAGGAUGCCAUGGAGGUGCUUGGACGUGUUAAGGAGAAGAGGGAAGGGCUGCCUUCUGACCUUGGCCGUGAUCUGAACACCGUUCAGCAUCUACACAGACAGCACAACACUUUUGAAAAUGACAUCCAGGCCCUCAGUGGACAGGUGAACCAGGUGCAAGAUGACGCAGCACGGCUGCAGAAGGCUUAUGCUGGGGAGAAAGCUGAUGACAUUAACAAGAGUGAACACGCUGUGUCUUCUGCCUGGGAGAGCCUGCUUGAGGCUGGUCAGGCCCGCAGGCUCCUCCUGCUGGACACUGUGGAGAAGUUCCGCUUCUUCAAUAUGGUGCGAGACCUCAUGCGCUGGAUGAACCGUGUCAACGUGCAGAUAGACACACAACACAACCCCAGGGAUGUGUCUUCUGCAGGGCUGGCCAUUGCCAAUCAUCAGGACAUCAAGUCAGAGAUUGAGACCCGGGCUAACAGCUUUACUGCCUGUAUUGACAUGGGAACAACUCUCAUCAACAAUAAUCACUAUGCAGCUGAUGAGAUCCAGGAGAAACUGACUCAACUCCAGGACGACAGAAAGAGGAUCAACAACAACUGGCUAUACAGGAUGGACGAUUUACAAAUUAUGCUGGAGGUGUUGCAGUUUGAACGCGAUGCCUAUGUGGCAGAGUCUUGGUUGGCAGGGCAAGAACCUCUGGUGCGAGCAGCAGAGCUGGGCUCUAAUGUGGAUGAGGUAGAGAGCCUAAUUAAGCGCCAUGAGGCCUUUGAGAAACUUGCUACAGCCUGGGAAGACCGCUUUGUGCUGCUGGAGAAACUCACGACACUUGAGGAGCAGGAGAACAAGAGGAGGCGAGAGGAAGAAGAGAGAGCACGGCGACCCCCGACACCACCCCCAGCAGAAAUCGCACAAUCUGAGACAGAAAGUCAAGCACAUGAUUCUGCAGCCAGAACCAGUCUAGACCAGACCACACUCAAUCAGACGGUGUCGGUGAAUGGAGUCCACAGCGACAACGACACAUCGCAGCAGUCAUUAUCGCUAUCGUUGUCAGUGGGACAGAAAUCGCAGCCUAAACGUGUGUGUAAGCCAAAGCAGCCGGAGCGUGGCUCAGAGUCUGAGUCAAACGGGCCAGGUAGGGACAGCGGGCUGGCAUCCUCUCGCCUUGAGCCUUCUGCCACGUUACCGAGCCGGGGGGGAGCAGAGUCUGAGCCAGACACCAUGGAGGGGAUGCUCUGUCGAAAACAGGAGAUGGAGUCCCACAGCAAAAAGGCAGCUAGCAGGUCCUGGCAGAACGUGUACUGUGCCCUACGAAAAGGAAGUCUCGGUUUCUAUAAAGACGGCAAGAGCGCUAGCAACGGCAUUCCAUACCACGGAGAGGUACCCAUCAGCCUCGGAGAGGCUGUGUGUGAGGUAGCCCACGGCUAUAAGAAGAGGAAAUUUGUAUUCAAGCUCAGCAGGCUAGGGGAUGGAAAGGAGUACCUGUUCCAAGCAAAGGAUGAGGCGGAGAUGAGCUCCUGGAUCCGCUCCAUCAUCAGCUCCAUUCCAACAGGAUCAGACUCGCCCGUCGGUCCGCGGGCCCUCAGCCGCGCCAUGACGAUGCCUCCCAUCUCCCCCAGCUCAGGUGACACCGGAGGUGUUACCAUGCGCAACAAAGAUGGGAAAGACAAGGAUCGUGAGAAGAGGUUCAGCUUCUUUGGCAAGAAAAAAUAGAACACUUCAAAAUCGAUGGAAACUACAUUUGUCAAAAUUUCAAAGAAACUAAAGCAGGCAGAAAGUACAAACAGGUCACACAAACACACUGCUCUCAGUGCAGGCCCCGAGGAAUUUGUCGACAGCUACUGUAUGUGGCUUACAGAGAACUUUGUUUCUUUUCUUUCUCUCUGAUUUUCUCCCUUGCCAGUUUUAUCCGUCAUUUACUUUUUCGUUCACCCAAGUCAUAUUUCGCAUUUAGCUGCACCCAACAAUGAAAGCCCUCAGCCAUUAUUAGUCGGAGUCAGUGGUUUGCAUUAGCAGGGAUUCAGGCCCAGUUCAGUUCCAAUCCACCAAAGAUCAGCACGAAUAUGUUCUCCUCAGUGAGUCUUGACUCGCUGAGCCGUUUUGAAGCCAUGCGACUAAUAAAACAAUGGAUGGUGGCUUUCCAUUGUGGUGCACGCAGGUUUUAUUUCCCCGCUUUAAAGCGCUCUCUCUCUUUUUGGGAAGGAUCACAUCAGUCUCUUUUUCUGUUCUUGGUAUUGAUGUUAUUAACCUGACCGAUAUUAUUGCUAUUAUUAUUAUUAUUAUUAUUAUUAUUAUUAUUAUUUAUCUUUUGCUAUUGCUGGUUUGAGAAAACAAACUAAUUAAUUUUCCAGUAGAUGAUCUUGAUUCAUGUUGUGAAGAGAAACACAUUUGGUUAAACUAGUGGAGAAUGUUGGGCUUGCCCUUGUAUGUAUUAUUAUUAUUUUUUUUAGGAAUGACAGUUGAUGAGGUGUUUUGAGAAAAAAAUAAAGCUCAUUGAAUUUUAGCAGUGUGCAGUAAGUGAUCACAAGUUUCAUUGGGAAAAUGAUAUAUAUAUAUAUAUAUAUUUAAUAAGUGGUUUUAUUUUUUAUUUUGUCUCUAAUUUUGCCUGUAUUUGAUUAUUUCUUUUGAGUGAUCUUUUCUGCUUGAUUUUCGACUUUCUUUUUUUUCUGUACAAAGCAGAGAAGAUUAGUUUUCUAGUGUGUGUGCGUGUGUGAGUGUGAGUUGUGGUGCUGUGGAUUUUGCACGUUUAUGUUAUUCCUGAUCAAACGUGGCCAGAUGAAUGCUGCUUUUUGGUCCCGCAGACUAAACCCAGACAAACACAAAAUAAUAUGACUGAAAUUAUUUCAUAAAAUCAGCUUUUUCUUUGCUUCUGGUUUUCAUUAUAUGUAAGCUGACAUUACCAAUGAAGUUCCUCCAGACGGUUUCACUAUUUCUGUUUUUUAGUCUUCUAAUAUCUAUUUCUGUUCUCUAUCUACUGGUAUGAAGGCAUGGGGGCAGUUUGUAGAUAAAACGCUGAAUCACAUUUUCUGUGGCGGACGCAGAGAUGCGAGCAGGACAGAUAGACUGGUCUCAUUAGGUGAAGUGAGGGCUUGUGGAAGUGAUAUUGGACAGGAAGUGAAGAAUGCGCUUUGUGCUACCCACCCUCCAUUCGAACAGUCAUAAAGGAAGCUUUCGUAGUACGAAGAUAAGAAUGUUAAAAAUGUGCCCUGUGGCAAUGAUCUAAUGUAUGUCAGUGGAUUAUAUAUGCAGGUACAAUAUGAAUCACAGUAACCAUGUGAAGCUCUGCUCACUAGUGGAAGCAGAGAGGGGAAAAUCCUAAAUUGUCUCUAAGACGAGCUUUGCGCUCUUGCGUAUGUGGCAUGACUUCAUGUAGGUUUAUACUUGUAUGUGUCUCAUCAUUGCCAUCUAUUCUCUUCGUGUUGAUGUACUCUGAAAACGUGAGAUCACUUCAUAUCCAGGGUUGGAGAGCAACUAAUUAUAUGUAAUUGGCAUUUGCAGUAAUCCAAAACAAGAUAAUGGCAAUCCAAUAUAGUUAAUGUAAAAAAUAAAAUGUGUUUAUUAGUUUCCUCAAAUAGGGUACGUAUUUGACACAAGGGCAUUUACAGUAUAUUGUGAGACUGUAGGCAGUAGUGCAAUUUUAUAUAAAUUGGAUGUUAACUGUUAUAGUCGUCACUUAAAUCCAAGUUUUAAUUUGCCUUUUCUAACUGCCAAAAUGCAACAGGAGGUUACUGGAUAACAAUUCUGAAUUCAAGAGGCUUAUGGAUAUUGUAGGCAGGUUGCAAGUAAUCAAUUAUCUGUAAUUUAUUACACCUUGAAAGCAACUCUUUAAAACUGGUAAUUGCCUGGAUGUGUACACCAUGCCUUGGAGGCCACAGGAAUGUCGCACCAAACUGUUGUGAUAACACAAACAGCUGGAAGUAAAGUGGCUGCAGUUUAAACAGGUUGGCCUUAUUUAUCAGAUGAAUGUGGAACCAGUGAUCGCUCAAAUCAAAGACCCUCCACGCCAGAGAAGAGAAAUAUCUGAACAUCUACUUUGAGACUAUUGAACAGUUGACUUGGUUCAUACUGACUGCCUUGUCUCUGUCAGUGGAAUUUUGUAUUUUGGGUGUGUGCCGCAGCUCCCAGUUUAAGUAGCCUUAAACUUAAGCUACCAUCUGGAAGCCAAGUUAGUGAGGUCAUUGCAUACAUAAGUGAGCCAACGCAGUUUGUGUACAUUGUGCACAAUAUCGAAUGGAGGAGUCAUUCUUCCCCAGUUAAUGAGCUGUUUUUAGUGACUAUUGCUACCUUUUCUCUGCUCUAGACAUCAGAUACAGCAUCCAGUUGAUGUUAGGGACUUCAAGUUUAAAGGUCACACAGUGUAUUUUCUUAUCAGCUCAUUUGAAUGUGAAUGAUUCAAAUUAGUUUGGCCAAAUUGGUCAUGUGAAGCAAAAAUAUUUCUCAUACUUGAUAUACUGUACACACGCUCACACAUUAAAACUGUACUGUAUAUUUUAUGCAGAAUGACCCUGGCAAUCCAGUCUGGUGGAAAUGUCCUCAGCUGGCUGUGAUUUGACGUUGCGUAUGGCAUCCUUUAAAAAAAAAAAAAAAAUGGCAUUGUGCUACUGGUGAGCUUUGACCGGAACAUGGGAAGUAAUGUAUUAUUGAUGU